GUAUUGGUUUCAGAAGUGAAUAAAUGGAAGCAAGGAAGUUCCUUAAACUAGUCUCCUUGAAGUCCCAGAACUAAGUAUGGAUGUAUGCGAGGUGGAUGAUGUUAGUCUCCGACUAACCGAUCUUCCAGUAGAACUCCUUCUUCAUAUUUUACAGUAUUUGGAGGUUAAAUUCAUAUCAGAGGUUCUAUCUCAGGUCUCAGAUAUUUUCAGGCGUAUAGCGGCGGACGAUUCGACCUGGCGGAUUCGAAUACAGAAGAGAUGGCCUGGUCAAUAUCCUGCCCUUCCUUCCCAACAACCUAUUAGCUGGACCAGUGCUUGUAUAGAUCGUGAGGAAGAGAGCAAGAUUUGGAGAAAGGGUGCCGGGACUGAAGUUGAUGGAAAGGGUGGAGAUGAACCGGAUGUAAUUGGUGGAUCUGGAGCUGAUGGAAUGAAAAUGAUGACGAACUCCAGGUCCCACUACGCUGGCGUGGACGCGGUCCAUGUCAUGAAGAACGUAGUUGUAUCAGGAUCCCGGGAUAGAUCAAUUCUCCUGUGGCCGACCAGCGCUGAGGGGAUGGAGCUUAAACCUUUGGCAAAAUAUUUUGAUGCGCAUAAAGGUUGGGUUUGGAGUUUCUGCAGUCAAGAUGAUUUAUUGAUUUCUGGAGACUGGGACAGCACCAUGAAGUUUUGGACGAUGUCAGCAAGUGGAUUGACGGAAAACAGAGCUGGAGUUAGAUUAAAAACAGCAAUUUUAACCACGGAUAUUCAUGAAAACAGAAUUGUUGCUGGAACCUUUGCUAAUAAAGUUGUACAACUGGAUGCUAGAGAGGAAAACAAACAACUCUCAAUCUACAAGAGUCACAGUAGACCUGUCCUCAAGGUUAAAAUAACAUCGGAACGUAUCCUCAGCAUCUCCGAGGACUCUACCCUGGUUGUAUAUGACCGGGUUGCUGGAAAGAAGAUGAUGAGGGUUGAGCUACCUCGUUCUCAUCCGUCCUUGGAGCAUCCUGGUCCAUCCUUCCCUCUUAGUAUGGAUCUAUUGGACAACAUGCUUUAUAUCGGAGACAGUACUGGAAAUCUCCACCUAAUAGAUACUACUCAUGAUUCCUUCAGUCUGGUGGAAACAUAUAAAACAGGACAUUCUGGUCGUGUAACCUCGGUUGUAUGUGGAUAUGGGAGCUAUAUAACCUCCUCUAGUGAUGGUACUGUUAGGAUUCAUCAACCCUCUCGAAGAAUGGGGUUAAUCACAGAGCUCCAGGUUCCAGAGUGUGGACAGGUUACCUCUAUUUCAUACAGAAACCAGAUUCUAGCCGCCGCUGGGAGUAAUAACACAGUCAGUAUCUGGUCCAGGUUCUAACUGCACCAGGAGUUAUCUGGUUUAGGACCCAGCCGUACCAGGCAUUAUCUGGUCGUACCAAGAGUUAUCUGGUCCAGGGUCACGCCGUCUCAAGGAGUUAUCUGGUCCUGGUUCUAGCCGCCGCACAAGGAGCUAUCUGGUCAAGGUUCUAGCCGCACCAGGAGUUAUCUGGUCAAGGUUCUAGCCUCACCAGGAGCUAUCUGGUUUAGGUUCAAACCGCACCAGGAGUAAAAAUUCUCUUGAUUUCGGACUUGGAUUUAAGAAUACAAUCAUACAAAUCUAAAA